GUCCGCCCGUCUCCCUCCCUGUGAUUGGCGGGCGUUGCGCACCUUUGUGCUCCUCUUUAUCUCUGGGUGAGUCAUGGAAGUCGGUGAGGGUGAGCGGAGCUUUAAAACGGCUCCGCAGUACGGAGAGAGGCAGCCAGCGGCAGACUUUACACGGCUCCAGUCCGGUGAUCUCCUUCAUCUGCUCCUCCAUCGGCUCCUCGCCUGAGCAAGCCUUGACCUCCCCCGCGGAUAUCACCUCCUGCCAAGCCUUCAUUAUUAUGAGAAAACUGACCUGUCUGCCGUUUCUCCUGGGCUCUGUUUUCCUACUUCUGGAGUGCGGGGACACUGCUGUCAUCACAGGGGCUUGUGAAAGGGAUCUUCAGUGCGGAGGAGAGAUGUGUUGCGCAGUGAGCCUUUGGAUACGAGGCCUUCGUAUGUGUACUCCGCUUGGCAAUGAGGGUGAAGAUUGUCAUCCAUUAAGUCAUAGAAUUCCAUAUUUUGGCAAAAGAAUGGUUGACACGUGUCCAUGCCUGCCAGACCUAGCCUGUACGAAGUUGGAAGAUGGGAGAUACCAGUGCUUGCCAUAUCUAAAAGUCAAAAAUUAUUAUUAUUAGAGGAUUUCAAGAAAAGAUAUUGCGAAGGUUUCAGUUAUGCUCACAAACACACAGCAAUUUAUACUCGCAGAUUAUAUUCAUGAAACAUUUUUUAAAGCUAAAUUCCAAAAAGCUGAAAAUUUUAGCUCUUGUUUCCCUUGGCUUCCAAUCAGAAUUUCGGUUUCAUUAUUUUCAUUAACAUAUGACCCUCAGAUUGAAAAAUUGUCCAAAUGGCACCACAUCCCAAUAACAAAGAUACUGAACAAAAAACACUUCUGGGUUCCUGAAGAAGCUUAACUGCAAAAUGCGUUGUCCUGAACUACUCUCACGGUAUGGUUUGUAUACAAGAUGGUUAUAACAUACAAAACCAAUGAAGCCCUACAAUUGUGAGCGUUGAUGCACAGAGGCAAAACAUACACUCUAAAGUAUAGGUGUUACAUGUUGCAACAGGCUGCCAAUCUACGUUUAUUCUACUUUUUAUUUAAUAUUUUAAUUAUUUGUAUGAAAUAAAAAUUGUGAAGAUGUUUUAUCUAUAAU